CCCAACAAGGUAGUGCUUAUUCACUACCUUACCUGAAUGUUUUGGAAUACCGCCCUAUAUGACCGUGGUUAAUGAAGCGUAAACAAACGAAGUUGCACGAACGUGGUAGGGAACCGAAACUACGUGAGUUGUAGGCUUCCCCUUUGUUAUCGCCUAAUUAACAACUCUCUCAAGGAAGCUAUAACAUCUAUGGUUUUUUAAUGUUUAUGUUAAACAGGCCCAAUGUACAAAUGCAAGGUAUUGGUACAAAUGAAUGUCCGGCAUUAAUGACAGUAGUACUUGUGUUAUUGUUUAACGAAGAAGUAUGUCAGAUGAUAUUUUAGUACACGUCAAGGUCCCGUUCCCGAGCGCGAAGGAGGCGGAGAUAGCGUACAACGUCCUGCGUGUGGACCAGGAGCCCAAGAAGAACUCUGUCCGCAAGGUCCUGACCUUGGAGGGCUGCUCGCUGCACAUGUGAGUCCUGACUCUCCGGCCAAUAGGAAGCCAAGCUGUAACUCAUUCAGUCAUGCCAACACCACAGUGUACUCGCAUGUUCAGCAUGAAACCAGCGGUACAACACUUGUAAGGAACACGGGCAUGAAACCUGGCUGUUGCAACACUGCAAAACACUAUUCGCUGGUGAUGGGCGCACAUGAAGAUAAUAAAUCGGUUCAUACUAACUAUGCAUUUACUGUUACCUAAGUGUUUCAAUUGGUAUCACCAAAUGCUCUUUCAAAAUUCAUUUUAACUUCUCUCGUGAGAAUUGUCUCUACCCACUAUGAAAAAUCUCAGCCGUUAAAUAACUCAUGUUCGAAAUCUUGAUGCAGUUUAAUCAGUCGCCUCAUAUGUAAUCUUGCAGCGAUUGUACAGCAAGUUGAGCAAAGCAGUUGACAAGCUCAAUAUAGUGGGAGAAAGCUUAAACAUUUACCAGUUUUAUCUCAAGUAGAAGUAACUUAUUUGCUUGAUGAGGUAGUGGGAAAUAUUUGCCACAACAAUUCUUGAAAUGAUUAAAUAGGUUAGUCUAAGAGUGUAAUGAAUUUUUUGUAGAUGAAAAUGAAAAUUUGGUAAGCCUUCACUAGCUGUUCAUUGCCAAAUCCACGGACAGUUCCGAAGGACUCAGCCUUAAAAGUUCCUCGGCUUCCAUUUUUCCCAUUUCCCUUUCCCUGAGCUCCUGGCCUCUGGGCUCACCGGCCUGUGUGUUCCCUGCGCAGACGGCUGAGCAGCCCGGAGGCUCGCAGCGUGCGAGUGAGUGCCGGCCUGUGUGUUCCCUGCGCAGACGGCUGAGCAGCCCGGAGGCUCGCAGCGUGCGAGUGAGUGCCGGCCUGUGUGUUCCCUGCGCAGACGGCUGAGCAGCCCGGAGGCUCGCAGCGUGCGAGUGAGUGCCGGCCUGUGUGUUCCCUGCGCAGACGGCUGAGCAGCCCGGAGGCUCGCAGCGUGCGAGUGAGUGCCGGCCUGUGUGUUCCCUGCGCAGACGGCUGAGCAGCCCGGAGGCUCGCAGCGUGCGAGUGAGCGCCGGCUCCGUGCUGGAGCACCUCCUGCUGGUGAUGGAGACCAUGGAGCAGUUCGCGUGACAUGCCCGAGCACACGCCCGCGCCCACGCCCAGCCGCUCCGUGUACGGCUUCGUGCUGCACCUGAGCUGCCGCUCGGCCCUGGCACUGUACCUGGUGUGGGCGCUGGUGCCCCACGAGGCGCUGGCCGCCGCCGGCCUCUCCUACUGGCCGCAGAAGCACUGGGCGGUCGCCGUGCCGGUGCACCUGUGCGUCACGCUGGGGCUGUUUGCGUUCCUGGUGUACCCCAGCCUCGGCCUGGUCAUGACGCCCGCCGCCAGCGACAUGCGCACCGUCACCGACGGCCAUGCCUUGCGCCUGGCUCGGGGGGCCGUGCCCCCUGGGGCCGUCCCGCCCGUCUCCGACAUACCCGUGUCCCAGGUGUGCCGCCACCUCUACCUGGACUAGCCGCCCGCUGCACUCGUACCUGAUGGAGUGUUAGGUGACGUUACUUUUGGUGCUCUCCAAUUAUAGUGGAGGAGAAGGAAAGAGAAGUUGGGAAACCUUUUAUUUAGAAUGUUGCGAGACACAUUCGUACAUCAUACAAUGCUACCCAAAAAUUGUUUCAUGAUUAUUGUAGCACCAAGGUUCUGUUACUGUCUACCCAGGUGACUUCACAUUUGUCCUUAUAAAGAUUAAGAUUUAUAUCCCAACUUUCACUAGUGAAACCCUAGCUCAUUUUAUAUGCAAGAAACUACUGACCCAUGCUACUUCCUGAGUUGUUGGCAGUAUAUAUUUGCCGAAGGAAUGUCUUUUCCCCAGUGAACAUCUUUGACUCAUAUUAACAUCUGCUCAGUAUCUUCAGCUACCAUUUACCAAUAAUUUCUCUGUUGUCGGUUUAACUAAUUGUAGAUUCAUUCACAUUUGAUGAAUUUAAUGAAUGCAUUGAUUCAGCCAGCUUCUUUGGUACAAUUCUGUACUUAUAAAUACUUAAUAUGAUUAGUAGACAUGCAUUUAUGAUUAAAUUUUAUGGCACCAAAUGGUAUUUUUUUUACAGUUAUUUUGUGCACUUACAUUAAUUUUUACAAAAUAUUUACACUUUUGUUUUAAAAAAUUAAAUUAAAAUUAUUUAAUUUACACCUCACUACUAUAAUCCAAUAAAAAUGGCAUUACUGUAUACUUGAAGCUAAAGAAUACAAAAUAAUGAACUUUUGGAGAUUUCAUUUUGUAAAUGACAAAUGUAAUUAAUCAGUGUGUUGUUCUGUUAAAAAUUAUUUAUCUUGUUACUAUAGGCUGGAUGUACAAGUACAACCUCUAUUGUAUUUGAGUCCAAUUAACCUCAAGAUGUCAGUUCAGAAAUAAAAGUACCUAUGCUAUAACCUCUAAUGUUGGCAGAAUUAAUAAACAAAACACCACCUAACAAGAAAAAAAUCUCUGUUUAAUAACUGUCUUCUUUUUUCACUUUGAGUUGUUACUACACGACAAUGAAAAAAAAAUUUGCGUAGAAGUCUCUUUUGUUUCUUGUUGCACUAUAUAUACUUUUAAAUGGUCACUCCUGAUCACAUGCUUUGCAAUAAUCCUUCAAAUAUGCCAGUUACAAUGUGUAACUUGUAACCAUUGAGAAUGUUUACAUGUUCUUUAUUAUUAUUUUGCAAAUAUAUGUAUUUAAGUAUGAAUUAUGAUGUAUAACGUGGUAUAUUUAUUUAUUGAAAUUGGGCUCCUAAUUUUAUAUAUAUGUUUCUCCAGAAAUAAACAAUUGAUUAUGA